AGUGCGAGUAAGCAACUAACCCACGUCUAAUUGAUUUGCUUUAUUAAGUUAUUCCACAAUAUACAGGUUUCAGAUUUGAUGCAUUUCCGUUUCUUUAUCCUCUUUUAACCCUUGUUUCUACGAUCUACAUGUUCUAGAUUUGACGCAUGUCUUGUUUUUACCUGGCUGCUUUCCUGAGACCAUGUGGAAAACCAUGAAUCUUGUAAAUGGUUUCUGUUGCACAAGAUUCGCCAUGUGAUGUUGUACUGUUAGAACCAGAAAAUUAUUGUGAUUCAAUCAGACCUGCAAUCCGCACUUGACAGUUGAUACGCAGGACAGACCGACAGACAGCUGAAUCCGAGCAAGAAUGGCGGGGCUGUACGAGAAGCAAUCGGAGACGUACGCCAAGAAGCGGCCGCGGUACCCCAAGGAGUGGUUCUACAGGCUGGCCGGCCUCACGGCCGGCCACCACCGCGCCUGGGACGCCGGCUGCGGCAGCGGCCAGGCCGCCGUCAGCAUGGCGGAGCACUACGAUAGCGUGGUGGCGACGGACGUGAGCGAGGGCCAGCUCCGGCACGCCAUCGCGCACCCCAGGGUGCGGUACUUCCACACCCCGGAGCACCUCUCGGAGGACGACCUCGUGGCCCUCGUCGGCGGCGAGGGCUCCCUGGACUUCGUGGUGGUGGCCACCUCCAUCCACUGGUUCGACAUCCCGCUCUUCUACGCCGUGGCCAACCGCGCCCUGAAAAAGCCCGGCGGCGUGCUCGCCGUGUGGGGGUACAACUACGACGUCCACCCGUUCGGGGACGCGCUGCAGGGCCAGCUCUACGGUUCCCUGCGGCCGUACAUGGACCCGCGGGCAAGGCUGGCCAUGGAGCGGUACCGUGAGCUGCCGUUCCCGUUCGAGCCCGUCGGGGUGGGCGCCGAGGGCGCGCCCGCCGACGUGGACAUGGAGGUGGAGAUGACGCUGGAGGACUUGGCCGGGUUCGUGAUGACCGGCUCCGUCGUGACCACGGCAAGGGAGAAGGGCGCGGACCUGGAGGCGGUGGUACGGGACGUCAUGAAGCGGGUGGAGAAGGAAUGGGGGGACGCGCCGACGGUGCCCAGGAAGCUCGUGUUCAAGGCGUUCAUGCUCGCCGGGAAGCCCAAGUGUGAACCGAUACUAAACUGAACUGCUGAUUGGUGAUCAGUGCCUUUUCGUUUGCUCAUGAGAGUCAUGAUCAGAAUAAGUUUGGCUAAUAAAAGCUUACUAGUUGUGAGUGGCACAGACUGAGAGUUCAGGCUCUCGACGUGUAGCCACUGGAGUGUGUGUGUGUAUGGAGUUGUACGUUUUCUAUCCAAUAAGUCAAAGCUGAUUCUAGAGCUAAUUAUGUAUUUGAGAAAUGAUCCAUUUAUUCGGUUUGACAUGAA